AUGCCUGUAAGAGCUCAGAGCCGCGUGCGCCUUGUCAGAGCCACGUGCACCUUGCCAGAGCCGCGUGCGUCUUAUCAGAGCCGCGUGCGCCUUGUCAGAGCCGCGUGCGCCUUACUUUGUGUCGUGAUGGAUGAAGACACGAGCUCUUCCGAGAACACAGAGCCCUGCAAUGACAAAUCUAGGUCAUCAAAAUCUAGCAAUUUGCUUCUUAGUAAAGUAUCAAGGCCUUCGAAAAUGUCAACACCAAGUCGAUGCAAAACUGGACAUAAAGUGCAAGAUUCUUCAGUCCCUUCCAGUUCUCAGGCUGCGUCUCCUGCGUCUUGUGCCAGCAGGGCCAAGAGGGAUAGAGAGGGGCAGGACGAGGACAAUAAUCACUCGAUGUCGGCUGAUUCGUCAAGUGAUGAGAGUAUGGAAAGUACGAAGAAGAUUAGGAAAGAAACGGCCAAGAAGAAUAGGAAAGUAACUAGCGCAGGUAAAAGCAAUAAAGUAACAGGCACCGGGAAGUGUAGUAAAUUAGCAGCCUCUGGAAAGAGUAAUAAAGUAGCAGGUGCUGGCAAGCGUAGUAAAGUUUCGGCUACCGGGCACAGCAGUAAAGAAGAAUCAGCUGGGAAUAGUAGUAAAGGAAUGCCUUCAACUAUAGAUAGCAAAGAAAAAGCCCAUCGAAAAAGUAGCAAAGAUAGAGGAGCUGGGGAGAGCAGUGGAGAUACAGGAGCAGCGAAAGACAGUGAAGAAACAGCUUCGAAGAAGAGUAGCAAAGGAAAGGAUCGCUCCAGACAAAAGAAAAAAAGUAGUAAUUCUGUAGCUAAAGGGCGUGACUCUAGCAUGAAUUCCUCAACUAGUGAAAAGAGACGAGAGAAAAGUUUCGAGGCUCGCAAGGUCAGUGAUGAUGACAUGUCAAGUGAUAAGAAUGAUGAGACGCUUCAGAGCAUGGAAGUAACUGAAGAUGAUUCUAUAAAUAUAUCAUGUUCAAAUAAUAAAUCUAUCAAACCUCAGACUGUCAAUGGGAAUACAAACAAUAACUGCGAGAGUCAGGCUGGUAGCAGUCGGGAAAUCUCGCCACGCAGACGACGCAGAAGUCGGAGCUAUCGUUCACGUUUAGACGAAUCUCCUGACGACGAUGAAGCAAUGGAGACGAACACUGCUGCGACUUCUGACGGUGGCGACGCCCGGCGUAGAACCAGGAGCAGGACACGAAGAUCCAACGACGACAGCAGAGCAAAUGCCGGCGAACUGAGGGAGACAAGCCGACAUCGCAGAGCCGCGCAAGAUGACGCUGGAUCAGUAUCGGAAAGUCGACCAUUUCGCGUGGCUCAGUUCGUAGUUACGGACUCUGACGACUCAGAGCCACAGUCGCGACGUGAAUCCCGGAGUCGUCGCUCCACCCGACGAAGUUCAUCGUCGUCCAGACCUGCAGUCGUCGCUGCUGGCGGCGACAAUAACGACAAUGCCGUCGGUCUCGAGGACGCGAAUCCUGAAGAAGACGAUCCUUCAACGGCGGCCGACGGUUCCGUGGCCGCGCGCGUCACUCGACGCACAGGUCAACGUGAGGCACGUCGCUCUGGGAGACGAAGCUCAGAUGCUGCAGCUCCUGCUGACGAUGAGGUACAUGUACGACGUUACCCUCGUCACCGGAUGCUCCUUACGGACUCCUCCAGCAGUUCGUCGUCAUCGCCGCUGCUCGAUGUCCCCUCCGCAGACUCUGAUUCUGCGGAUUCCACCGAAAGUCCUUACCGCUCUAGGGCCCGCAGGAGGCGGCGUGCGACGCCCGGACAGCAAGAGGCUGAAAUACAGGCUGAAGUGAAAGCCCUGCUGGAUAAGCCUCUACCCAAGCACAAGUUCCACCUGACCAAAGAGAUGAUAAACAGGCAGUACGGGGGUGGCGUCUGUAGGGUGCGCGCUCGUGAUGGCUGCGGGGUGAAGUGUAGCUUGGACUUCUCGAACCGCUACUACUCCUCCCUGCACACCGUCCAGCGCCUCGAGCUCANAUAA